AUGCAAUCAUCAAUCCCCUACGACCCCAGCCUGGUUCUUGGCAGCGUCCUCGGCAAUGCGACCAUCCAGCUGGUCAACGAAAUAUCGCAAGCCGAGGCGCCCGUCGGCGCCGCCCGUGAAGAGCUAGAAGCCCUGGUGGCAUCUCGAAAAAGCCUGAACAUGACCAAAUCCGAGCUCAUCGCUCUUGGUAUCGAUACAUCCCCCGUUAACGACGAGAUCAACAAGUUGAGCUCCAAGAUCGCGAGCGUUACCACGGACUAUGCCGAGAUGAAGCUCAAGGUCGAGGCAGCCGUCGGAAGCCUUCGUUCAAAGAUCUAUGGCAUCGGCAAUAGCGCAGGAGUGGAAAGCCCGAUCGACUUUCUCAACGCACAGCCUAUAUCGGUUCCUUUGGCUGCCGAGUCCCUCAAAUUGGACGUUCAGUACUUCUCCAUGGAUCCCAAUGAGCAGAGCGCACAAUCGUUUGCUAGCAAUAUUUCUUCAGUAGUGUCGGAUGCGACCAACUGGCUGGGGACCAAGCUCUCAACUGAAAUAAGCCACGCUGCUGAGGCUCAGGUCCUCGGCCAGGUCAAAAGACACAGUGUAGCUGGCACGUUGAUUCUGACCGCCUCGUGUACACACAAAAAUGGGUUGAUUCUCGAGCCAUUGACGAUUAACCCUGAAAAGAGCAUCAAGGCUUGGAACCUCCUGUUCCCUGAUGACAGGAUUGACGUUGCCAAUCCAAAGGAGAUUGUUGAGUUGGCCCGCACAGCAGAUAGAAACGAGACUGGUAACAAGCUCGGUCUCGUGUCUGGCAUGACCCUCGGGUCAAGCUUCAUCGGCAUGGUUCAUGUCUUGAACUCGACCAGCAGCGACAUCCAAUCCCCCGCCGUCAGAAGCCAUGUCACCUUCCUCACCACGGGCACGAUCUCAGAGGUGACCCUCAACAAAUCCGCAUCAGAUAGUCCAGCAUUGGAGACUCUUCUGCCUGCCUUCCAGAGAGUCCAGUUGAACGAUCCGGAUGAUGGUGCCUUGGAUCCAGCACAACUUGGGCAGGGUCUCGUGGAUUCAGCACUGAACAAGGUCAACAGCAGCAUCAGCAAACUUGUUGACGUCAAUUUCAUGAAGGCAGCCCUUAAUGACUACCUGCGGAAGGCUUCUAAUGGUAGCACCGGUGUGCCAUUGAGCUAUCACCUGAGAGAAUUUAGCAAAGGCGAAAUCGUCGAGGCAUGGGUGGCCAAACAUCAUCCGGAGACUCCAGUACCUUAG